AUGAGUGUGCUCUCUCCGGGAGACAUCGAGACCGGGGCCGUGAUCGUGACAGUGAGGCAGAGUGCGCGGGCGGAGAAGAGCGGCAGCGCCGCGGCGGGCCGUGACGGACAGACAGACAGACAGGGCCAAGUUCGCGUCUUUGUCCGGGCUCCGCGAGAGCUUACUACGACCCUGACUACCCUCAGUACAAACCGGCCGCAAUCCUCCCCAUCGGUUCUGCCCCCCUGUGCCCACGGUCACGGGUACGGCUAUGGACCAGCUGUCUCCACCUACUCCACGGGGCCUGCAUACUCCAGCCUGUCCGUUACUCCGAGCUACCAGAGCUACUCUGCCACACCCGGUGUCAAAUACUCGUCUGUGACCCCGGGCUACUCCAGCGUGGCCAUCGCUCCUCCCUCUGUCGGUGUCUCCUACUCCACCCCACAGUACUCGUCCAAGGUCUCUCCGGCGAUUCCUGCCUACUCCGCCGCGGGGUACUCCAAGUAUUCGGUCUCUCCUGCUGUCGCCUCCUACUCGGUCAGUCCUGGAUAUUCCUCCUACUCCUCUACACCCGGGUACAAGUACUCCUCAGUGAGUCCCGCCCUGUCAGCCUACGCUGUGAAGCCAGCUGCUAAGUAUGUGGCUGCUGCCGCUGUCCCGACAGUGAAGUUCCCUACUCCGACAUACGCUCCUGCUCCUGCCUACGCCCCUGCCCCCGUCUACGCACCUGCCCCUACGUACGCACCUGCCCCUGCCAAAUCUGCUUAUUCUGCCGGCGGAUACUCCUCAGGAGGCUCUUAUUCUUCUAGUUCAUAUUCUUCCGGAGGCUCUUACUCUUCAGGAGGAUCCUACUCUGCCUACAGCGCUGCCCCCGCAGUUGCCACCUACUCUGCAGGACCUUCAGUUAAAUAUACCGCUUCCGCUCCGUCCUACUCUGCUUACUCCGCCGGCCCUGCCGUGAAAUACUCUGCGGCUGCUCCCUCAUACUCCGCCUACUCUGCUGCGCCCGCUGUGGCAUCAUACUCGGCCGGUCCUGCUGUUAAAUACGCUUCAGCCGCUCCCGCAUACUCGGCCUACUCUGCUGCACCCGCCGUCUCCACAUACUCUGCCGGUCCCUCUGUCAAGUACACCGCCUCUGCUCCUGCUUAUUCAUCAUACUCGGCCGGACAAGCCGUUAAAUACUCUUCAGCCGCACCUUCAUACUCUAGCUACUCCGCAGGUCCUUCUGUGUCGGCUUACUCGUCUGGAUCGUCGGCAUACUCCUCAGGAGCACAUUCAUCAUCUUCAUAUUCAUCAGGCUCUUCCUCCUCGGGGUACUCCUCCGGUUACAACGCUGGACCUGCCGUAGCUUCUUACAGCUCUGGACCUGCCGUGGCUUCUUACAGCUCUGGACCUGCCGUGGCUUCUUACAGCUCCGGACCUGCCGUUGCCUCCUACAGCUCUGGUCCAGCUCUUGCCUCUUACAGUGCCGGACCAUCUGUCUCAGCGUACAGCGCGGCUCCCGCUAAGGCUGCUUACUCCUCCGGAUCGUACUCAAGCUCUUCCUACUCGGGCGGUGCUGGCUACGCUGCUGCCCCCGCUGCUGGCUACAGGUAUGCUUCAGCCGCUCCUGCGUACGCCACCGCUGCCUACGCCCCUGCUGUGAAGGUCGCUUCUGCCUACGCUGCCAAGCCUAUCGCUUCGAAGCAUAACGAAUAUUAUGACGACCACCCAAGGUACGCUUUCGAGUACGGCGUGAAGGAUCCUCACACCGGCGAUCACAAGCACCAGUACGAAGAGCGCGAUGGUGAAGUAGUCAAGGGCCAGUACAGUCUAGUUGAGCCCGAUGGUUCCGUCAGGGUGGUGGACUAUACCGCCGACUGGGAUAACGGCUUCCAUGCCGUCGUCACCAAGACCCACGACACCAAGUCUCUGGAGCCUGUCCUCAAGUCUUAGGGAAGCCAAAGUUCAUCCUAGUCUGUAGUCUUCCCUUGUGGUCUUCUUAAUGCGUGGGCAGGUUAGAUCGGGCACCUUCAGUCCUACCAUUCGUUUAAGUCACCAAGCACUCAUCUUCGAUCGCUAUAAGAUUCUUCAAGUUUUUCAUGAAUCAUGAAUUAUUAUUUCAUGUGCACUCUAUUAUUCCUUUGCUUUCUUUAAUCUGCCUUGUCAACUCAUUAAAGACAACGGUCUAAACCUCUUUUACUUUCGAAUUAUCGUAGAGGAAGUUUCAAUUUCAAAAACUUCAAGUGAGAUGUGAAUAAAGACGAUAAAGUCCACCAUGCCGGAUGGACUUGGAAGUGUGAGUCACCAUAUCUUGCUGACCUACUCACUCGCUGUCGGACAUCAUUAGAUAUUAUUUAUGUUGUGUCGAUAGAUAUGCAGAUGUGUGCCGACAUCCGUCAUGUGCCGCCAGGUCACCGCGUGUUGACGCCGACAUCACUGCCUAACAAGGGCCGGCCAGCCGGUCCCGUGAUGCAAUUUCGGAUCAAGUAUUGGUAAAUUGUCGGUUUUAUUUGCAAAUAAGAGCAAGUGACCGACUCGGGCACGGGCCUGGUUACCUAACCGGCAGGAACGGGUUCGCGAUCCACUUCCUGGCCCAUACCUCCCUCUGACUACUUCAUAAAUUCCUAGUAUAUCAAAUGUCCACUGGCCCAUUAUCUCCUCUCACUCGCUUUAUGAGGCGGUACCUGCAGGCCGGUGGUCAUUGCUUCAUUGGCGCAGGUGCUGGGGUUGCCAAUCCAAUUAUUAUUAUUUUCUUAUUUCUUUGUUCAAUACUUUGUCCAUAAAUGUGAUCGAUUCAACCCUUCAAUAUUGCAGACCCCAACACAAUGAAACCAAUACGCUUUUAAAUAUUUGUGUUCGUUUUCUUCAAAUUAAUUAACUGAUUUUCUUAUGAAAUUUUUAAUUUCCUCUGUACACAACAAAGUACUUUUUCACGAAUAAGAUUCGUCAUCGAUAAUAUUUUCUUUUGCACACUUGUUUUGAUUUCUAAUUGAGAAACUUUUAUUCUAUUCUGUCAUAAAUGUUCAGUUAUUUCCUUCAUUUUCUUAGUAUGCAUCUUUAUUCAGUUUUUUAUUUUGCAAAUGCAAAAUUCUUUACUGCACAAAACAUUUGACACCGUGUGUGUCUCCAGCUACUCACAAUUUCGAAUCGCCAUCACUCAUUCCUCCAUCUAUCCUCACAUCGCACCCCCUCCCCCAUCACUCAGCGCCCCCGCUAGCUUCUGCCUGGCAUUGACUGACCACGAUCAUCUGUACAGUAUCUCAACCGGCAACCUCUUAUCCGGUCCCUCUUCGUAUUCUUUGUAAAAACUGUACUGUCCUUUUUAAUCAUGUGUAAAUAUCAUGAAGGGUAUUGCAAGAGUGCUGCCUGAUAGACGUUAGGGUGUGUUAGUUAUCGUUUCAUUUAGAGGAGAAAUCUUUUUUAUUUAAUUUGCUUAACUUUUCAUCUCAAUUUCAAUACCAUUUCAUCUUCCCAGCGAUUCUAUUACGGCCCAUGAAAUCACAGACAGCAAGAGUGCCAUUCUUUUAUCUACCAUUGUUACCAUUCGAAAAUCGAAUUACCACAAUAAUGUUACCAUUAGACACGUAAGGCACGUUAUUUCUUAGUACAAGUUUUGUAUAUAAUUGUAACCAAUUGUGAUAUACAUUUUUAUAUACACAUUUCUUAUGGGAGUUUGUAAAACGUCAAUUAGUAUUUUUGUAAUAAAAUGUAAUUAUUAUACUA